AUGUAUCAAAGCCGGAGUGAAUGUUCAUUGAUCACAUCACAUUAUGAUUCGACUGUAAGCUUUAUCAACAGCGAAGAGGAUUUAUCACCCAGAUAUGUAAAGGAACGUGAGGAAGUUUGCCUCAAUUCGUUAAUCCACCUCCUCUCUGUCCUGCGCAUUUCUCUUUCGCUCUCAUCUCUCCUUGAUUGCACGCCUUCGCUUUAUCCUAUCCUUUUCGAGUUGCUCUUUGGCCGACUUCCACUUCUUCAUCGUAGACCCGUCACGAAAACGGAGAAAAUCGAGAACAUUGAGAUGGUUUUUAAGACAAUUGAAGAUAUUGUUGGAGUGGAUCUGAGUCAUAUUGAUACCGAAGACCUUUACGAAGGAGACGUACUUUGUGUCAUUGAUACAGUAGAAGUGUUUGUCAAUUUGGGACGGAUAGGCGAAGAGGAAAAAAAGCAGAUUAGAAUAAGCGUUAGGAAGUUGUGGGAUAGCGACGGGUGGGAAGCAGAAAACGAUGUAUGCGGGGGAGAUGUAAACUUUCGCCCAUCUCUUUUAACUGAACAAGUCCAAGAUCUUUCCUACCCGUCAUCGAGAUUUAGCAGGUGGCGUGGAGUAGAGUUUGCCAGACGACAAACUGAUGAGAGUUCC